UAAGAAAUGGCUUAAAAUUCAACACUAUUGAUGAAGUUGCUAACCACAGUAUUUCAAACAUAAUCGAAUGUUGCGCCGUAGAGCUGACCGAACAUAACAUUAUAAUAAUAUGCGUUUAUAGAAUUCCAAGUAGCACAGAAGUAAGAAAUAGGUUUGAUAUUUUUAUUAGUAAUUUAAAUAAUAUACUCCAACUAUAUUCAUUUAACUGUAACAAAAAAAUCAUAAUGUGUGGAGAUUAUAACAUAGAUCUUCUAAAAAAUACAAAGAAAUCUGAACAAUUUAAGCAACUACUAACGGGAUUUAAUCUAAAAACUCAAUUUAAAGUUCCUACGCGCCUAAGUAGCGGUACCUGUAUCGAUAAUAUCAUACACAAUGUAAGGGGAUGUCAUGGUGAAAUAGUAGAAUUUGCAGUAUCAGACCACACAGCACAGUUGCUGAAAUGCCCUGUCAAAAGAACGUGCUUGUCUAGUUACUGGUUUUGCAUAAGACGUGAUUAUUCCAAAGAAAAUGUAAUUAAAUUCGUCAAUUGCCUCAAAAAUAUGUGUUUCUCAGAAGUUUAUGAAGAAAAUGACCCCAUAGUCGCUUUUAAUAAAUUUUAUGAUGAUUUUAAGCUAUUCUACGAUUUAUGCUUCCCGGAUAUAAAACUAAAAAUAUCGACUAAAAAACGACCUAAGUGGAUGAGCCGUGGAAUACAGGUAUGCAGCAAAAGAAAAAGGGAAUUGUUGUGGAAAUAUAGGUUAAUACCAACAAAGCACAAUAAAGAUAAUUUUAAAAUGUUUUCCACUAGAUUUAAGAAAAUCGUCCAGCUUACACAGAAAUCACAAAACAAUAAUUUCAUACAUUUGGCAAAAAAUAAGUCCAAAGCGACAUGGCAAGUUAUAAACAAAAGUAAAGACAGGGUACCAACUGAAAAUAUAAUGCGAAUAAAUACAGGUAACAAAAUACUGACAGAUCCGUUUGAGAUAGCCGAAGCUUUCAAUAAUUUUUAUGCUGACCAGGUUAAACCUACUGACACUAGCUAUAGAUCAACGUUGCCUAAUGAAUGCUCUUCCAUGUUCAUCUGUCCAACUACUCCUCAAGACAUACAUAAUAUCAUUAUGAAUUUAAAAAAUACGUCUAGUACUGGUUACGAUAACAUCUGUACAAAAAUAUUGAAACGCGUUUCUGUUUACAUUGCACCAGUACUAAGUCAUCUAAUAAACUCAUGUAUAUUAAACGGUACGUUUCCAGACCAAUUAAAAAUAACGGUUAUUAAGCCCUUAUUUAAGAAAGAUGACGUAGAAAAUAUGACUUGCUACAGACCUAUAGCCCUAGUUCCGGUAUUAUCUAAAGUUUUUGAAAAGGUGGUCUAUAAUGCCAUAAACCAAUACUUUGAAAAAACAAUUUAUUUACUGAUAAACAAAAAGGUUUUAGGAAAGACAAAUCUAUUAACAUGGCUAUUUACGAAUUUUUGAAUAUAAUUACAUCAAGAGUUGACAAAAGAUUGCCAGUAUAUGCUAUAUACAUGGACAUGUCCAAGGCAUUUGACUAUGUGGACCACAAUAUUCUACUCCAAAAAUUGUACUUGUAUGGCAUUAGAGGUAACAUCUAUAA